AUGUCAGGCAACACCCUUAGAGGCACGCCCAAUCGCGGCCAGGCCCGUGGAGGCAUUCCCUUCACCCAGAGCCCCUCUGUCACCGGCUCUGCUCCUCCCGCCGCUUCCUCUGGCAUCCCGCGCCCUGUCCUAGAAACCCAGGCUACCCAGAGCGAAGUUGGUGGUGGUGGUGGUGGAUCGGGAGUCAGUGCCAGCCGUCAGAAGCAGACCAAGAGAGAUGAGGCAAUUCGCAAGAAAAUGGAGAGCGAUCUCUCCAAAAAGAAGCACCUUACGAGCCGAGCCCGUCACUCGCGCAAGGCCCCGCCGGGCACCGUCCUGGCCCUGAAGCCCAGUCAAGCCCUGCAGAUCAAGCCCGCCACCACCGUCGCCGAGGCCGCCCAGCUCAUGGCCGCGAAGCGUGAGGACUGCGUGCUCGUCACCGACGACGACGACCGCAUCGCCGGUAUCUUCACCGCCAAGGAUCUUGCCUUCCGCGUCGUCGGCGCUGGCCAGAAGCCCAACCACAUCACCAUUGCCGAGAUCAUGACCAAGAACCCCCUCUGCGCCCGUACCGACACCAGCGCCACCGACGCCCUUGAUCUCAUGGUCCGCAAGGGUUUCCGUCACUUGCCGGUUAUGGACGAGAACCAAGAUAUUUCGGGUAUUCUGGAUAUCACAAAAUGUUUUUACGAUGCUAUGGAGAAGUUGGAGCGUGCCUACUCGUCCUCGAGACGUCUGUACGAUGCCCUCGAGGGUGUGCAGUCGGAGCUCGGCACGAGCCAGCCGCAACAGAUCAUCCAGUAUGUCGAAGCUCUGCGCUCCAAGAUGUCCGGGCCAACCCUUGAAUCCGUCCUUGACGGGCGCCCCCCUACAACGGUCAGCGUGAGAACAUCGGUCAAGGAGGCGGCACAGAUGAUGAAGGAGAACCGCACCACCGCUGUCCUGGUGCAAGACCAGGGGGCCAUCACUGGUAUCUUCACCAGUAAGGACGUCGUUCUCCGUGUCAUUGCCCCUGGUCUCGAUCCCGCAACGUGUAGCGUUGUCCGCGUCAUGACGCCUCACCCCGACUUUGCUCCCAUGGAAAUGAGCAUCCAGGCUGCUCUCCGCAAGAUGCAUGACGGCCACUACCUCAACCUUCCCGUCAUGAACGAGGGCGGCGAAAUCGUCGGCAUGGUCGACGUUCUCAAGCUCACUUACGCCACCCUCGAGCAGAUCAACACCAUGUCUACUUCCGACAGCGAAGGGCCCGCGUGGAACAAGUUCUGGCUUUCGCUCGACGACGGCACUGAGUCCAUGAUGUCCGGUGAGGGCAGCCACACCCAUCACACAAAUCUAGGUUCACGCAUCAUGUCUCCUGACAUCACCCGGGAGCGCAUCGGUGACAGCGUUGCUCCUGGAGACUCCGCCUCCCACGUCGGUUUGGAAUCGCCGCCCCGCUCUGCCGUCACCGGCCACAGCCCAGCUCAGCAGUCCCCUGCCGAAUUGCCUUUCCCCUUCAAGUUCAAGGCCCCGUCUGGCCGUGUUCACCGCCUGCAGGUCAUCGCCUCCCAGGGUAUCUCAGCCAUGGUUGCCAACGUUGUUGCCAAGCUGGGAAGCGAGGUCGAUGCGAUUGGCGGUGCUCCCGUAGCCGAAGAAGGCAAGAUCUCCGGUGGCUUUGCGCUUAGCUACCUCGACGACGAGGGUGACUCUGUCUCCAUCACUACAGACAACGAUCUGCUCGAGUCAAUUCUGCUUGCCCGCCAGAGUCGCCGGGAAAAGGUCGACCUGUUUGUUCACGACCCUGAGAAGCCUCCCGUCUCCGCUGCACCUCCCACCAUCGAGACCAUUGCUCUCCCCACCCCUCCCAUCUCUGCCACUCCUGACCUGCGCCGGAGAAGAGCCUACGAUGAUGAGGACGACGAGGCGGAAGACGAGGAUGAGGAUGAGUCUACGAUCCGGAGGUCGCGUCGUGCGAAACACGCACCUGUGGAGAAGGAAGUCAUUGCUGGCGUUCCGAACGAGCUACUGCUUCCCGGUGCCAUUGUGACGUUGGCGGUUGUCAUUGUCGGUGUCUUCACGAUCUCGCGCCUGACCAGUAGAUACUAUAUGUGGUGUGCGUGCAGGGGGCGGUUGCGGAGACUCCAGCUUCCCCGAAAGCUCCAAAAAUUGUUCCUGGGAAACUGCAGCACCGUAACGACUCCUAAUCAUCACGCCGCCGCCUACGCCAUGAUUGUCAGAAGCAUAGUCAGCCGGCAUGGCAGCAGAGCCCUGCUGGCGCCCGUCGCCGCCAGAUCAUGCCACCGCGCCAUCACCACCGACUCCCUCGUUGGCGCCAUGACGCCCGAAAAUCUCGCGGACCUGACGACGGCCGCCGCUCUCGGCCAAAUCCCGCAAGCAGCAGACCCGGAGGCGGCGGCCAAGCUGGCCGACAGCAUCAGCAGCCGCUCCAAGACCGUGCCCAACGCCUACAACCGCUUCCGCCGCGCGCAAAAACUCACCUCCAACGUCGGCUCCGUCGUCGGGCGGCCCUACGUGCCCUCGUCGCUCAUUGAGAACCCGCCCGCGCCCAAGGAUAUCACGCUGGAGCUGCUGAUGGCGUCGCAGACGCACAUGGGCCACCACACGUCGCGGUGGAACCCGGCCAACGCGCGGUACAUUUACGGCGUGCGGCAGGGGAUCCACAUCAUCUCGCUCGAGACGACGGCCGCGUACCUGCGGCGCGCGGCGAGGGUUGUCGAGGAGGUUGCGUACCGCGGCGGGUUGAUCUUGUUUGCGGGCACGCGGAAGGGGCAGAUGGAGAUUGUCACCAAGGCGGCGAAGCUCGCGGGCGGGUGUCACCUGUUCACCAAGUGGACGCCGGGCAACAUUACGAAUCGCGACGUCAUUAACAGCGGCAAGGAGGUGAGAAUUGUGGACGAGAAGGAUAUCGCGCUUCAAGGGUUUGAUCGGUUGGAGAGGACUGGACGCCCGCUGGUGCCGGAUUUGAUUGUUUGCUUGAAUCCCAAGGAGAACUACACCAUGCUGUACGAGUGCGGACUGGCCAAUGUCCCGACGAUUGGUGUCAUUGAUACAGACGCGAACCCGGAUUGGGUCACGUACACCAUCCCCGCCAACGACGACAGCUACCGAUCCAUCGCCGUCAUCGCAGGUGUGCUCGGGCGUGCGGGCGAGGCGGGCCAGAAGCGCCGGCUCGCGGCCGCGGAGAACGGCGUGUCGGAGUGGAAUACGCCCGCGGAGACUAAGCGGUUCAUGAAGGGCGAAAUACGAAAGUGGGAGAGGGAAAUGCGUCGUUGGAGGACCGACAAUCAGAACGCGGCGGAUGCGGGCGGCGAGGUUCGGUUGCUUGAGAUGCUUCAGGUUGACCGGACCAAAGCUGUUGAUGGCGAGCUUUGA